GCAGCGCCGCCGACAGUUAUUAUUAUUUUUUGGCCGAGCUGCACAUUUCCUGGUUCAGUGGCUUGAGGUCUGCGAGCAGCUGACUGGUCGCCCAGGGUCUGGCUCAGGAUCAGAUGGUGACGCCGAGGCUGGGGUCUGUGACUUCCUUCAGAUUGUCGUGAAGCAGGGGAGUUCCGAGGAAACCAGGGUUCUCAGGAAGGCAAUCAGAGCGCUCAGGAGGAUCCAGAGGAGGGAUAAAGUCACACUUUUUCCCCUGCUUGGUGAAUUCCCCAGCAGAGUCUGGAUCCAGCAAUGCUGUGUUCCCUGAGGGCUCGAUACUGCUGCCAGCGUCAAGAGGGGUCCAGAUUUUGAAAAGGGGGUUGAGAAGAAGAUGCUUUGGCUGCCUGAGGUCCUGCUUGUGUUCUUAGAAGCCAGACCCCAGGAGAAAGUGAACUGGAGCAAUUGACAAGCUCCAAGGGUCUGGUGGAAGCUUCCUCCGAGACUGGUUUCAUCCUCCCUGGAGGAAGAUCUGCCUACACUGCAAGUGUCCCCAAGAGGAGCACAUGGUGACAGUGAUGCCGCUGGAGAUGGAGAAGACCAUCAGCAAACUCAUGUUUGACUUCCAGAGGAACUCAACCUCCGAUGACGACUCAGGCUGUGCCUUAGAAGAGUAUGCCUGGGUCCCUCCGGGGCUGAAGCCUGAACAGGUUCACCAGUACUAUAGCUGUCUCCCAGAAGAGAAAGUUCCUUAUGUCAACAGUCCUGGAGAGAAACUGCGAAUCAAGCAGCUACUACACCAGCUGCCACCACAUGACAAUGAGGUUCGAUAUUGCAACUCCCUGGACGAGGAAGAGAAGAGAGAGUUGAAGCUGUUCAGCAACCAAAGGAAACGUGAGAACUUGGGCCGAGGCAAUGUCAGGCCCUUCCCAGUCACGAUGACAGGAGCUAUUUGUGAACAGUGUGGAGGGCAGAUUAACGGUGGGGACAUCGCUGUGUUUGCGUCGCGCGCCGGCCACGGUGUUUGCUGGCAUCCACCGUGCUUCAUCUGCACUGUCUGCAAUGAGCUCCUGGUGGAUUUGAUCUAUUUUUACCAAGAUGGGAAGAUAUACUGUGGCAGGCACCACGCAGAGUGCCUGAAGCCGCGCUGUGCAGCCUGCGAUGAGAUCAUCUUUGCAGAUGAAUGUACAGAAGCUGAGGGGCGGCACUGGCACAUGAAACACUUCUGCUGCUUCGAGUGUGAGACGGUGCUGGGCGGCCAGCGCUACAUCAUGAAGGAGGGAAGGCCCUACUGCUGCCACUGCUUUGAGUCCUUGUAUGCAGAAUAUUGUGACACCUGUGCCCAACAUAUAGGGAUUGACCAAGGUCAAAUGACCUAUGACGGCCAACACUGGCAUGCCACUGAGACCUGUUUCUGCUGUGCUCACUGCAAGAAAUCCCUCCUGGGGCGGCCGUUCCUCCCAAAGCAGGGCCAGAUCUUCUGCUCACGGGCCUGCAGUGCCGGGGAGGACCCCAACGGCUCUGACUCAUCCGAUUCGGCCUUCCAGAACGCCAGGGCCAAGGAGUCCCGGCGCAGCGCCAAAAUUGGCAAGAACAAGGGCAAGACGGAGGAGCCCAUGCUGACCCAGCACAGCCAGCUGCAGGUGAGUUCCAACCGGCUGUCGGCCGACGUGGACCCUCUGUCGCUGCAGAUGGACCUGCUCAGCCUGUCCAGCCAGACGCCCAGCCUCAACCGGGACCCCAUCUGGAGGAGCCGGGACGAGCCCUACCUUUAUGGGAACAAGAUGGAGCAGAACCAGUCCCAGAGCCCUCUGCAGCUGCUCGGCCAGUGCAACAUCAGAACUUCCUACAGUCCGGGCGGGCAGGGGGCCGGGGCCCAGCCCGACAUGUGGGCCAAGCACUUCAGCAACCCCAAAAGGAGCUCGUCACUGGCCAUGAAGGGGCACAGCGGCAGCUUCAUCAAGGAGUGCCGAGAGGACUAUUACCCGGGGAGGCUGAGAUCCCAGGAGAGCUACAGUGAUAUGUCCAGUCAGAGCUUUAGUGAAACCCGAGGCAGCAUCCAAGUCCCCAAGUACGAGGAGGAGGAAGGGGACAUGUCCACUCAGCAGUGUCGGACCCGUCAUCCCAUCAGUUCCCUGAAAUACACGGAGGACAUGACGCCCACAGAGCAGACCCCUCGGGGCUCCAUGGAAUCGCUGGCCUUGUCCAAUGCCACAGGCCUCUCUGCUGAUGGUGGUGCCAAGCGCCAGGAGCACCUCUCCCGAUUUUCCAUGCCCGACCUCAGCAAAGACUCUGGAAUGAACGUCUCUGAGAAGCUGAGCAACAUGGGCACUCUUAACUCGUCCAUGCAGUUCCGCAGCGCAGAGUCGGUUCGCAGCCUGCUCUCUGCCCAGCAGUACCAGGAGAUGGAGGGAAACCUCCACCAGCUGAGCAACCCCAUUGGGUACAGAGACCUGCAGUCGCACGGAAGGAUGCAUCAGAGCUUUGAUUUUGACGGGGGGAUGGCAGGCAGCCAGCUGCCGGGGCAGGAGGGCGUGCGGAUCCAGCCCAUGAGCGAGCGCACGCGGAGAAGAACGCCCCCGCGCGACGACGGCCGCCGCUUCCGACCUCACCGCUCCCGGCGCUCCCGGCGCUCCCGCUCGGACAACGCCCUCCACCUGGCCAGCGAACGCGAGGCCAUCUCGCGGUUAAAAGAGAGGCCCCCGCUGAGAGCCCGGGAGGACUAUGACCAGUUCAUGCGCCAGCGGAGCUUCCAGGAGAGCCUGGGCCAGGGGUCCCGCAGGGACCUGUACGGCCAGUGCCCUAGGACUGUGUCGGACCUGGCUUUGCAGAAUGCCUUUGGAGAGCGAUGGGGACCCUACUUCACCGAGUAUGAUUGGUGUUCCACCUGCUCGUCCUCUUCGGAGUCCGACAACGAGGGCUAUUUCCUAGGAGAACCCAUCCCCCAGCCGGCCCGCCUGAGAUAUGUCACAAGCGACGAGCUGCUGCACAAAUACAGCUCUUAUGGCAUCCCCAAAUCCUCCACGUUAGGUGGCAGGGGACAGUUGCACAGCAGGAAAAGACAAAAGAGCAAAAACUGUAUCAUUUCUUAAUAUGAUUGGGGUCAGGGAAUGGGGGAAGAUGGAAACUAAGAAUGUACAUUCAGAAACUUGCACUGUUUUCAAUUGUAAAGCGCUUUGGGGGGUGGUUGAUGGGGGAGAAAAGGGAAAAUGCUCUCAGCUGAUGGAAGCAAGAUUGCAGAUGGGCUCAAUAGGUAGUCACAGUUUUUGGCAUGUUGAAUAUUAUUUGCACAUUUCACUUUGGAAACACAGUAGACUCUGUCGAGGCCAGGGUUGGUCACCUCCUUCCCGAGAGUUGUGUGUUAAGUUGCCAUUCACAAGGUGGCAGAUUGUUUCCUGCUCGCUUAUAUCCUCUCUGGCUCUCUUACUUUUAGGACCCUUUUUCCAGUAAGGAAUUUGUUUAUUAGCCAGGACUCAAAAUUAAGUUAUUUACAUGUCCAUUGUAAAUGCGAUGUAAAUGAAAGUUCUGAUAAAAUAUUUUUGUAUUUUGUAAUAUCAAAGGAAUUUCUAUAUCGUAGGACACAGUGGGGAUGUGCAUGUAUACCCAGCAUUGUCUUUGAGUAGUAUUAAAAGGUGGCUCAGGACCACCUUUUUUUUUUUUUUUUCCCUAUACAAAUUUGUUACAUGUCAGUGAGAACUUUUUUCCAAAAAGUAUAUUCAAUUUGGCUUUUUGUGGCUGAAAAAAAAAUUACUAUUAUACCCAAAGCAUUUUGUGCUCCAUUCCGUCUUAAGGAGCCAUCCUUAAGUCGACUCCUACCCUCAGUAGAAUUUAUUUUCUACAAAGUGAUAGUAAUGUCUUUUAAAAUUGCAAAUGUAACUUUUGCCAAUUAGAGAAACCAGCCAGUGUCAGUAAAGUUCCGUGAGAAAUGCCAUCCCUGCUGGGAACAUUGAAGUUGCUUAAUAUUAAUCUAUCCCUUGGGGAAAAUAAAAGUGACUGUGACUGGUGCCGUUGUGUGAUGUCAGCAUGACGUUGUUUUGAAUGUGACAUUAUUUUCUGGUGCUCAUGUUUCCUGGAUUGUAUUAUCUGCUUUCCUUUAUCACGGCAGACGGAACUGCUGCCUUAGUCUGACAACCGGUUGUCCUCAAAGCAAAUGAACUUCAGCAUUUGGAACUGAGGGAUAGAAAGGUUCAGAGGGGGCCCUGGGAGUGAUGGUGUGUUGCAUGGAGAAGGAACAAGGUGAUCUGAAAACAGAAAGCAGGUCAAGGGUAGAAGUUCAAGGGAAUAUAAAGGAAGGUCAAGGAAAAGAACUUCUAGAAAUUAAAUAGAGGAGAGGUGACAACCACCUUGAAGAGCCCCCAGUGCACAUAGAAAGAAUCCAGUUUAACAACCUCAGUAACCAGAAUAUUUGGAUUACCCGGGAAGGUUGAGCUGCUAAGAGGUGUCAGUAUAAUGACUUUGAAAAACAGGCUUUGUAGAAAAGGGGAUUUCUAUUUUGAACUUUGAGGACUGUUAGACCGAAAAUGAGCUCAAAAGUGAGUUUGCUUAAAGAAGACAUUUAACGGUUGUGCUGUUUAUAGUAAGAUAAAACUUUCUACCUUGCUUCAGUUAAAAAUGAAGCACUUGCUUUUUCUUUCAUUUUCCUCCUGCCCUUAGUGGAUUGUGGCGGUCGAAAUAAUCCAUGGGAGGACCCACCUUUAGUGAGGUGUACUGUCGAUGUAGUACAUGGUGUGUCUCAGUGGCCAUCUGCCAUGGUGAGGUGAGCGUGGUCUCUUUUCAGUAUAGUAGUUAACAUUUUCUAGUAUUUUUUAUAGAGGGAAUGUGAAAAGUGGCUUUUCAGACACCAUCCCAAAUGGGUCUGGGGAAAGGAAGGUUGUAAAGGACAUGGUAAUGGCACUUCAUUCAGGAUGUAUUAAAGUAUUUGCUUUUCAGGUAUUAAUAUGACAUUUGUCAUUGUCACUGAUUUUUUAAAAAGCAAUGCAAAUGUUGGUUGUGGCUGUUUUCCGCAUGCUAUCUUCAUAUCUAAAUGCUUCACUAAUUAUCUGAGCCUCCAGAGAAUUAACUCUAUUACGUUUGUAUAGUAAGUUUGUAAACUGCUUGGCAAACUGAUUAAGAAAUAAUGUACAACACCACACUGCUAAAGUGGCAGGUUUCUGGUAGAAAUGGGCGAGUCCAAUUUGGAAUUUUGAGUUCCUCGAUCGAUGUGAAUAAAAAGGAAUAAAAAGGCAUUUUUAAAAAAAGAAAAGAAAGGGGAAAAGUAGAUCACUUAACUUAGCAAACGGUUGAAAAUAUGUCUGUCCUCUGUGGCCUCACAUCCAAUGAAAGAAAUUCUCUCAAUAAAAGUUGCUCUCUAACUUUGUCCUUCUCAGAAUACCUCUUACAUUUCUCAAAUAAGGCUUUACCCACCAUCAGCAGAAAGAAGGUGGCCUAGAAACUGACACAUAACCGGUACCCAAAGGGGUCUGGAGCCAGAAAUAAUUUCAGGUCUAGCUCCCCAGAGAGCAUCCGGGGACUGAACUGUUCCUCAGAGUCAGACUCUCUACUAGCAAAAUCACUUCCAUCUGUUCCACCACUGCAGAUUUCCUCUCCCCACCCCAAACACAGCCAGGCCCCGUACAGAGAUGCCAAUGGAGGAAGGCCACUUCCUCACAAUGACGGCAGAACUUCC